AUGUCCCAACACUCCCACCGCCCCAAACGGCCCCUAUCCCCCGACCCCGCCCAACCCUCCGCCGCCGCCGACAUCAAUGCCAACAAGCGCAGCAGACUGGCGCCCCCCAAGCCCGCGGCGGCGCCCAACUACCUCUUCCACAUCACGAUCCCCUCGGAGCGCGGUAUCGGCGAGGAGUGCGCCGAGUCGCCGGCCCGCACGCUGUCCAUACCCGCCGCGUGGACGUUCCACCAGUUCCACGAGGCGAUCCAGGUCGCCUUCUACUGGAGCAACACGCAGGCAUACCAGUUCAACGUAUGCGAGCCGGGGAGCGCGCAUAGUUUAAGAGUCGUCAGUGAGAGCGUGCCGCGACUGCACGUGAGCGCGGGCGGCGCGGCGCCGUUUGGGGUGUGGGAGGAUUCGCCGAGUGUUGAGAGUACGCUGAAGAUUGACGAGGUGUUCAAUGACUAUAAAUGGGCGGCCCACGAAUACGAGUACAAAUACCACCCCGCCGUCCCCGUCACGCACCGCAUCAAGCCCCUCGGCCGCGCCGUCGCCACCAGCACGGGGCCCGAGUGCAUCGCGGGCGAGUUCCACGCCGCGCCCGAGGGCCUCGACAACGACGCGGCCGACGACCUGCGCGCGGCGUUUAUGCCGUCGCUGCUCAACGAGACGGCCGACGAGAAGAGGGCCCAGGCGCGCAUGCGCCGCUGGUACAGGGCCGAGUGCGUCAAUGGCGACACCGAGGGCCUGGCCGGCGCGCGCCUUAUAGAAUAUGGCGCAGCAACCACUUUGCUACCUGUUCCAGAUGUAGCUGUUGGCUCGGAAGGGAAGGCGGUAGAUGCCAAUGUUCGAGUAGUUCUUCGAAUCGCGCCUGAAAUUGUGUCCAGAGCAGACUAUGCCUGGAGAGAACUCGGAAGUGAUACGCACUUCGGCAGUGUUCCAAGUAGUGCGAGAACACGAGACAAGCAGGGGACGUGCUUGGAGGUUAGAAGCCGUUAA